AACUUUACCCUGGGAAUUUCCGACAUUUUGCAGCUCCAAUCUUCAGUUAUUUUCCCCCAAAAAUUGUGCCUCAUUUAUAAAUCUUUAGCCUCUAUUUUUCCCCCUAGAAUUGUGCUACGUAUCUCCCUCUUUCCACUACAACUAUGCCACCCACUAACCCCAAUUUGUGGGAUGUAAUGGCGCAUACUGGAGCACACCUUGCCCCCGUUGUUGCAAGUGUCUCUCUUUAUCUGUUGCUUUUCGCAUGGCAUUGCACUUUCCACGGAAAAUUCAUAAAAACCCACUGACCAUCGCCCCAAUCGCUGGAGUCUCAGUUUACAUCUCGCCGCAAGAGUAAAUCCAACUGCAAUCCGAGAAUGUGGAAGUAUCUGGCACUGUUUUGGGGGCUCUGGCUCUUUGGCUGCAGUGUGGCACCAUGUCAGGGCUAUACCACGCGCUGUGUGCGAAGCCUGCCCCUGCCGCUCUAUCAUUUCAUACCCGUCCGCCUCUACACGCCGCAGACGCUGUUCGAGGGCCUGCAUCAGGAGGAACUGCUGCGCGACCGACGACAGCAGCAGAUCGUCCAGGAGGUCAUUGUGGAGAAUAAUUUUGGUGGCGGAUUUGGUGGACCUUCGUUUGGACCGCCACCGUUCGGACGUCCUCAGUUUGGUGGCGGUGGCUUUGGCCCUGGCAGAUUUGGACCUGGUCGUGGCGGCGGUGGCUUUGGAGGUGGUUUCGGCGGUGGUUUUGGUGGCUUUGGCGGUGGUUUUGCUCGUAGCUACAACCAGGAAGAAGAGAAGAUCCAAGUGCCACAAUAUAGCGCGCCUGCAGCUCCAAGUGCUCCGCUGUAUAGUGCUCCUGCUGCACCAUGUUCUUCGCCUGCUACUCCAAGUGCUCCUCCUGCAUCUCCUGCUCCCAGUGGCAUACAAUCGCCGGAAUGUCCAAAGAACUAUGUAUUCUCCUGUGAGGCAGUCAUCAAGCCCGUGCCUUGUGCUGCUUCCAGCUCUUGUGGUUACUGAGAGAAACAAACGACUGAUUAAAUAAAACAAAGCGACUUUUA